AUGCCUGCGCCCUCUGUUAUCGACGCUACAGGACAAGAGAACAACGCGCUCGGAGCCACAAGUCCCCUGACUGUGAGUCCCGACAAGCGAAGCAGCCUUCACCUUGAAGCACCUGGAUCUUCGCCAACGGCAUUUAUCAAGUCCCUUGACGGGCACUACGAGUUUCAAAUGGUUCCCAACAAUGGAUCGUUGAAGCGCAGCGAUGCGACUAUGAAUCUGGACCAGCCGAGCCAGGAAAGCCCUGUGGCUAAGCGCCGCAGCUUACAUGGAAUUUCGGUGCUGGGCCAGAACGAGGACCAAAACGUCUUUGGCUCCAACACGACAUCGUCGCAGAGCUUCUUUAUCCACGAGGAUGCAUCUACCGAGUAUGAGAUUGCGGGCACUACUGGGUCGCCGUUCCGGGACCCCCUCCCUUCCCCAACACCCACAAACAGCAAUGUACCCAAGAGGUCAUCGUCUUUACGGAAGUCGACCCUUCAACAAAGAUACGGGGAGCGGGGUUCUUGGGGCAGAAGGUCUGGCGAGCGACAGCUAGCUCAGAUGAGCGCUGAAUACUCCCCUGUUCGAAGUCGGCCACGCCUCUCUCAGGACCAGUUCGUCCCCCCUGCUGUGCCUCAGGAGAGUCCUUUUGCUUCCACGACACCAGCUUCUAAACCGCCUACUUUUAUCACCGACGUUGACUACGAGACCAACCCACUAUCUACUACGCCCACCUCGCAACCGCCUAGUUUCGCAAGUGCUGAUACGGGUUACGAGCCCGCACACGUAUCAACUACACCAACUUCGAAGCCUCCUAUUUUCGGGGUUGACAAGGGGCAUCAGCCCCAUCCUUUAUCAAAGACCUUGACAACAUCGUCUUCAGGGAACAGCCUCACUGAGGAGACGCCCAUGUAUGCUCCUGUUGCCCGGGUCCCAGAUCGACAAAGAUCCCACAUCUUCUCACGCUCCUUGCCCCUCAACGCAACAAGGCCGACCCGUCCAAAUGAUAUGGCCAGGGCUAUGGCGACGCCCAGCCAGAACCAUCUGUGGGUCGGCGCUUUCAACUCUACUGGUUUGAUUUCUAAGGUCAACAGAAAUCCUGAAGAGGAUGCAGACAAGAAGAUGGCACCCCCUGAUACACCAUGCAAGAAGCACUCGAACCCUUUUGCUACUUUCCCCCCACCGGCCGGGAGUGCCAUGAAAAAGAGAGUUAAUAACCGAAAUUCUUUUGGCGGAAUUCCCUCCACACCGUUUAGCAAUGGCGGCACCCAAGUCCCCAGCUCUAAUCCCUUUAGCAGGCCUGGUAAGGGCAUGUCUAUCUUUCAACGUGGCAGUGCUUCUAGGGGUGCACGCCGCGGUAGCGUCCUGAGUCUUGAUGGCGAUGAGCACAAUCUUUUCAAUGACACGCUUGACUUCUCCACCCCAAUGGAAGGCGACGCUCCCCCAACACCGACCAAGAACACCCUUACUCCUAGCCUUAGCAAGGUCAGCGAGCACUCUUUCGAAAGUCCUCAAGACAACCACAGCCCAACCGCGAACCGCGUUAUCCAUGCCCCUACGCCUAUUUUCGGUAACCCAGUUCCUCGAGAAGCAACUUGUAAGUCGGGCUCCGCAGCACCGAACGCUUUAGCAGGAUCAAUCGACAACUCAAGUCGACCACUCCGAGCUGGGUGUUUGUAUUCACCAUCAUCACACCUCCCUCUGUCUUCGCUUAGCCGCUCCAGGGCUCGGCGAGGUCUACACUCUCCUUCUCCACUCAGCACAGUUUCUUUGCGUCAUUCCAUAAGCUCUCCUACUCAGACAUUUACUAAAUCGAAACUUUCUGUAUCAGCGAGCCCUCUUGAUGGACGAAGAACACCACAAACCCCCCGCGAGAGUUUGCUCCCCCUCGAUACCAGCCGACUGUCAAUUUCGCAGGCUGGCGACUCCUUUUCCGACAACAUGGCGCCUCCCGUAACUCCAACAGCAGGUCGAGAUUUGAGGUCUUCCACCAGCCUCCUUGUUACCCCCGUGAAUGUUCGCACCAGCAAUGUUGACCUUGACGUGAGCUUAUCGUCCCGAUUCGAAAAGGUUGAGCAGAUUGGAAAGGGAGAAUUCUCUCUUGUCUACCGCGUCACCCAGGUGGACCAACAAAAAAUGACAUUCGAUGACUUCAUUGCAACUCCCUCAAAAAGCCCCACCAAGGGAAAGGUAUUUGCUGUGAAGAAGAGUAAGCAACCUUUCCAAGGACCUAGGGAUCGGGAAACCAAGCUUCGAGAGGCGGAGAUCCUCAAGGCUUUGAGCCACUCCGAGCAUGUGGUACAGUACUUUGACAACUGGGAGCACAACUAUCAUCUGUACAUCCAAACUGAGUACUGUGAGGAGGGCACCCUCGACAAGUUCUUGGGCAAUGUCGGACGAGGAGGUCGAUUGGAUGACUUCCGUAUCUUCAAGAUCCUUCAAGACCUUUGCCUGGGUCUUAAGGACAUCCACGACGCUGGCUUUAUGCACUUGGAUCUGAAGCCGGCAAACAUCCUUGUCACCUUUGAGGGCGUUCUCAAGAUCGCCGACUUUGGUUUGGCUCAAUCAUGCUCAUCUGCUGAGGGCGUUGACGUUGAGGGUGAUCGUGAGUACAUGGCUCCUGAGAUGCUCAAGGGCAAGUCAUGCCAAUCUGCCGACGUCUUCUCUCUGGGCCUCAUCAUCCUUGAGACCGCAGCAAAUGUUGUCCUCCCCGAUAAUGGACCUACCUGGAUUGCUCUGCGUUCCGGUGACCUCUCCGAGGUGCCCAGCCUGACCUGGAACCCUUCAAUCGAGGUUCAGCGAGAUGCGACCGGUAACCCUACCGAGGGAGUGCUCAGUGACGGCUUCGCUAGUGGCAAGACGCACGACCCCAGCAACUUGUUUGGCUCAUACAAGCGAUCGGAACUGCAACAGCCUCCCGACUUUAUGGUCAAUGCCAUGCACAUCAGCUCGCUUGAUUCUAUUGUGCGAUGGAUGACAGCACAGGAGCCCAGCGAACGACCAACUGUGCACCAAGUACUCCAACUAGAGGGUAUGCAGUGGGUCAGCCACCAGCGCGCCGCACCAGCCACUGUCUAUGAAGGAAACUGGGGACCAGCCGAUAUGUUUCCUAUCUCCGAAAUAUCCAUUGCAGAGGGAGGCGACAGCGACACAGAGAUGACGGAUGUCUGA